CGGGCGAAGAUGCGCGGGGCCGGCCGGCGGGCGCUGCCCGUGUCGCUGGGGCUCGUGCUGCUGAUCCUGGGCGAGGCGGCGCCGCAGGCGUGCCCGGCGCAGUGCUCCUGCUCGGGCAGCACCGUGGACUGUCACGGGCUGGCGCUGCGCAGCGUGCCCAGGAGCAUCCCCCGCAACACCGAGAGGCUGGAUUUGAAUGGCAAUAACAUCACACGGAUUACCAAGACAGAUUUCGCUGGUCUUCGACACCUAAGAGUUCUUCAGCUUAUGGAGAAUAAGAUUAGCACCAUUGAAAGAGGAGCAUUCCAGGAUCUUAAGGAACUGGAGAGACUGCGUUUAAACAGAAAUCACCUUCAGCUGUUUCCUGAGUUGCUGUUUCUUGGGACUUCGAAGCUGUACAGGCUUGAUCUCAGUGAAAACCAAAUUCAGGCAAUUCCAAGGAAGGCUUUCCGUGGGGCAGUUGACAUUAAAAAUUUGCAACUGGAUUACAACCAGAUCAGCUGUAUUGAAGAUGGGGCAUUUAGAGCUCUGCGGGACCUGGAAGUGCUCACUCUCAACAAUAACAACAUUACUAGACUUUCUGUGGCAAGUUUCAACCAUAUGCCUAAACUUAGGACUUUUCGGCUGCAUUCAAACAAUCUGUAUUGCGACUGCCACCUGGCCUGGCUUUCUGACUGGCUGCGCCAAAGGCCCCGGGUUGGUCUCUACACUCAGUGUAUGGGCCCAUCCCACCUGAGGGGUCAUAACGUAGCCGAGGUUCAAAAACGCGAAUUUGUCUGCAGUGAUGAGGAAGAAGGCCACCAGUCCUUCAUGGCUCCUUCUUGCAGCGUCCUGCAUUGUCCAGCCGCUUGUACCUGUAGCAACAAUAUCGUAGACUGUCGUGGGAAAGGUCUCACUGAGAUCCCCACGAACCUGCCAGAGACCAUCACAGAAAUACGUUUGGAACAGAACUCAAUCAAGGUCAUCCCUCCUGGAGCUUUCUCACCAUAUAAAAAGCUUAGAAGAAUUGACCUGAGCAAUAAUCAGAUCUCUGAACUAGCACCGGACGCUUUCCAAGGACUACGCUCUCUGAAUUCACUUGUCCUCUAUGGAAAUAAAAUCACGGAACUCCCAAAAAGUUUAUUUGAAGGACUGUUUUCCUUACAGCUGCUAUUAUUGAAUGCCAACAAGAUAAACUGCCUUCGGGUAGAUGCUUUUCAGGAUCUGCACAACCUGAAUCUUCUCUCCCUGUACGACAACAAGCUGCAGACCAUCGCCAAGGGGACCUUCUCACCUCUCCGGGCCAUUCAGACCAUGCACCUGGCCCAGAACCCCUUUAUUUGUGACUGCCAUCUCAAGUGGCUGGCGGACUAUCUCCACACCAACCCCAUCGAGACCAGUGGUGCCCGGUGCACCAGCCCCCGGCGCCUGGCAAACAAAAGAAUCGGACAGAUCAAAAGCAAGAAAUUCCGUUGUUCAGCUAAAGAACAGUAUUUCAUUCCAGGUACAGAAGAUUAUCGAUCAAAAUUAAGCGGGGACUGCUUUGCAGAUCUGGCUUGCCCUGAAAAGUGCCGCUGUGAAGGAACCACAGUAGAUUGCUCCAAUCAAAAACUCACCAAAAUCCCAGACCACAUUCCCCAGUACACUGCAGAGCUGCGUCUCAAUAAUAAUGAAUUCACAGUGCUGGAAGCUACAGGAAUCUUCAAGAAACUUCCGCAGUUACGUAAAAUAAACUUCAGCAACAACAAGAUCACAGACAUUGAAGAAGGAGCAUUUGAAGGAGCAGCUGGUGUAAACGAAAUCCUUCUCACGAGUAACCGUUUGGAAAAUGUUCAGCAUAAGAUGUUCAAGGGAUUGGAAAGCCUGAAAACGUUGAUGUUGCGAAGCAAUCGCAUAAGCUGCGUUGGCAACGAUAGCUUCAUAGGCCUGAGCUCUGUGCGGUUGCUUUCGCUGUACGAUAAUCAGAUCGCCACCAUCGCGCCGGGGGCGUUCGACACCCUGCACUCGUUGUCCACCCUAAACCUGUUGGCCAACCCUUUUAACUGCAACUGCUACCUGGCUUGGCUGGGCGAGUGGCUCAGGAAGAAAAGAAUUGUAACCGGAAAUCCUCGCUGUCAAAAACCAUACUUCCUCAAAGAAAUCCCCAUCCAGGACGUCGCCAUUCAAGACUUCACGUGUGACGACGGAAAUGACGACAGUAGCUGUUCUCCACUCUCGCGCUGUCCCACGGAAUGCACGUGCUUGGAUACAGUUGUCCGAUGUAGCAACAAGGGCCUGAAGGUCUUGCCCAAAGGUAUUCCCAGAGACGUCACUGAACUGUAUCUGGAUGGGAACCACUUUACCUUGGUUCCCAAGGAGCUCUAUAACUACAAACAUCUAACGCUUAUAGACCUGAGCAACAACCGCAUAAGCACUCUUUCUAAUCAGAGCUUCAGCAACAUGACCCAGCUCCUCACCCUAAUUCUCAGUUACAACCGUUUGAGAUGUAUUCCUCCUCGAACCUUCGAUGGACUCAAGUCUCUCCGAUUACUUUCAUUACAUGGAAAUGACAUUUCUGUUGUGCCUGAAGGUGCUUUCAGUGAUCUCUCUGCAUUAUCACACCUAGCAAUCGGAGCCAACCCCCUUUACUGUGAUUGCAACAUGCAGUGGUUAUCGGACUGGGUAAAGUCGGAAUACAAAGAACCCGGGAUUGCUCGCUGUGCCGGCCCCGGAGAAAUGGCAGAUAAAUUAUUACUCACGACUCCCUCCAAAAAAUUUACAUGUCAAGGUCCUGUGGAUAUCAAUAUUCUAGCUAAAUGUAAUCCCUGCUUAUCAAACCCAUGUAAGAAUGAUGGCACCUGUAACAAUGAUCCAGUCGACUUUUAUCGCUGUACCUGUCCGUAUGGUUUCAAGGGGCAGGACUGUGAUGUCCCAAUCCACGCAUGCAUCAGUAACCCGUGUACACAUGGAGGAACUUGCCACUUAAAGGAGGGAGAAAAAGAUGGAUUCUGGUGUAUUUGUGCCGAUGGAUUUGAAGGAGAAAAUUGUGAAGUCAAUGUUGAUGACUGUGAAGAUAAUGACUGUGAAAAUAACUCUACGUGUGUCGAUGGAAUUAAUAACUACACAUGCCUUUGUCCGCCUGAGUACACAGGCGAGUUGUGUGAGGAGAAGCUGGACUUCUGCGCUCAGGACCUGAACCCCUGCCAGCACGACUCCAAGUGCAUCCUGAUGCCCAAAGGAUUCAAAUGCGACUGCACGCCGGGGUACGUGGGCGAGCACUGCGACAUCGACUUCGACGACUGCCAGGAUCACAAGUGUAAAAACGGAGCGCACUGCACGGACGCGGUGAACGGCUACACGUGCACCUGCCCCGAAGGCUACAGCGGCUUGUUCUGUGAAUUCUCCCCGCCCAUGGUCCUCCCACGCACCAGCCCCUGUGACAACUUCGACUGUCAGAACGGGGCGCAGUGCAUCGUCAGGGCGGGCGAGCCAAUCUGCCAGUGUCUGCCCGGCUACCAGGGGGACAAGUGUGAGAAGUUGGUCAGCGUGAACUUCGUGAACAAAGAGUCGUAUCUUCAAAUUCCUUCAGCCAAGGUCCGGCCCCAAACGAACAUCACCCUGCAGAUUGCCACCGACGAAGACAGCGGGAUCCUCCUGUACAAGGGCGACAAGGACCACAUUGCCGUGGAGCUGUAUCGGGGACGGGUGCGCGCCAGCUACGACACCGGCUCGCACCCCGCUUCUGCCAUUUACAGCGUGGAGACGAUCAAUGAUGGAAACUUUCACAUUGUGGAACUACUUGCCCUGGAUCAGAGCCUGUCCCUCUCCGUGGAUGGAGGGAGCCCCAAAAUCAUCACCAACUUGUCAAAGCAGUCCACUCUGAAUUUUGACUCUCCACUCUAUGUAGGAGGCAUGCCCGGGAGGAACAACGUGGCCGCGGCCCUGCGCCAGGCCCCGGGGCACAACGGCACCAGCUUCCACGGCUGCAUCCGGAACCUGUAUAUCAACAGCGAGCUCCAGGACUUCCGCCAGGUGCCCAUGCAGACCGGCAUCCUGCCCGGCUGCGAGCCGUGCCACAGGAAGGUGUGUGCCCACGGCGCGUGCCAGCCCAGCAGCCAGUCGGGCUUCACCUGCGAGUGCGAGGAGGGCUGGACGGGGCCCCUGUGUGACCAGAGGACCAACGACCCCUGUCUCGGGAACAAAUGUGUGCACGGCACCUGCUUGCCCAUCAACGCCUUCUCCUACAGCUGUAAGUGUCUGGAGGGCCACGGGGGCGUCCUCUGCGACGAAGAGGAGGACCUGUUCAACCCCUGCCAGGCCAUCAGGUGCAAGCACGGGAAAUGCAGGCUCUCGGGCCUGGGCCAGCCCUACUGCGAAUGCAGCAGCGGGUACACGGGGGAUAGCUGCGACCGAGAAGUGUCCUGUCGGGGCGAGCGCGUCCGGGACUACUACCCAAAGCAGCAGGGCUACGCGGCCUGCCAGACCACCAAGAAGGUGUCGCGGCUGGAGUGCAGGGGCGGCUGCGCGGCCGGGCAGUGCUGCGGGCCGCUGCGGAGCAAGCGGCGGAAAUACUCCUUCGAGUGCACGGACGGCUCGUCGUUCGUGGACGAGGUGGAGAAGGUGGUCAAGUGCGGCUGCAGCAGGUGCGCCGCCUGAGCCCCUCGGAAGCGGGCUCUCCUCCUCGGCCGCGGACUAGUUGACGCUUCAGAGUGGAGAUAUUUGAAAUAUAUUGUAAAAUACAGAACAGACUUAUUUUUAUUAUGAGAAUAAAGACUUCUUUUUUUUUCUGCAUUCGGGAAAAGAAAAAUGCAUUGAACUAACGCUUCCCCGAUGCUCGGGAAGCAUGGAGAGCGAGCGAGAGCGAGAGAGAGCGAGGCCGACCGACCGACCCGCAGGAGGCAUCAGCACGACGGGCAGCAUCGCCCCCACGAGGUCACCUUGGCAGCGCGCUGGAGGCCACAGGAGCUCGGGGACAGGGCCGGGCCGGCCUGCGCCGCCGCGACCUCGCCCGGGCCCUGGACCCCGUGUGCCCUCGUUCACGUCUCUGUGGUUCGUGAGGACAGACCGAGCACGUGUGUGUGUGUGUGCAUGAGGAUGCAAGGCCGAGGAGCGGAACUCUAGAAUGCCCAGAACGGGCGUUUUGAGAAAUAUUUUGUGCAAAAUAGUGUCCUGAAGACCUGGGUUCUUUCCGUGAGAGAGAUGGGAGUGCUCAAAUAAGUUUUACCUUCGUUUUAAACGUCAGCAUGUUAGCAGAAGAAGCACACAAAAGUGUUUAUCUACCGUUUUCCAGUAUUAAUUUUUUUGUAAUAUAAAUGAUAAAGGAGAUGAUAAAGAACCAAUAGAUUAUUGAUAAAUAAAUUAGUAAUAAUAUGAAUUUUUGUUUCUAUGAGUUCUAAACAGCCCUAUACAGUAUUCAGUUUCAAUGAGAAAUAUUUAUUGUAUCAAAGUACAUUGUACUUAACAUUUUAGGCCAUCCUUUUACUGUUUCUCAAUGCUUUAAUAUAUAUUAAUUUAUAAUUGUCCUGAUAUUUUUGUAUAUUUUUCAAACUUAAAAAUCAGGAUCUUCGGGGUUUUUUGUUUUGUUUUGUUUUUUGGUUUUUUUUGGCAAUAGUACUAACCUAGGGUGUUAUCUUGGGAUAAAUACAUGUUGGUCUGUUUGUUUACCUUGACAUCUGACCACUGGUGUCACCGACCUACUGGCCUCAUUCAGGACACCUGCAGAGAGUAUGUAAAGUCUAUGUGUGAGACGGUCAUUGUACAGGAAGAAGUGGCCCGCCCCUCUGCAGCAUGUCCUCACAGAACAGAAACGGUGUGUAGCAAUGGACACUAGAAAAGUAGAUAUUUUACAAAUUAAUAUUUCCUUGACAUUUUUUGCCCUUUUAUUGGGGGUGGGGUGGGGAGAGAGAAGGCUGUAAUGUCAAGAACUGUGAUUUUUUUUUUCCCCAAACAAUAAAGCUCCUUGAUUACCUUAAUGUUCCCAUGUUAACAUGUUUGCUGCUAAAUUACGAUGUAGAGUUGAUAAUGAUUUAGAGUGGACUGUGCUCUUCCCUUAUUAAAAUCCCAGGGUACCCUGUGACGAUGCAGAUGUUUCCUUCCAAAAUCUUUUUUUACACAGAAAAAUUAGAUGUUCAUGUAUAAUUCAGUGUGCUUUGUCUUUCUCCAGACUAAUAUCAGUUAUACUACUGAUGUUUGUAAAUUAAACAGAUAUUUACUUCACUAA